UCAAAUUCUUAUUUUUAUUUAGUUAUUUCUUGUCUUAAUCUUGCUUAAAUUAUUUCUCUUUCAGCUUCAUCAUACACGCAAUUUCAUCCAUUUACUAAGUGUAUUUUGUAAUUUUGAUUAUAUUGAUUCUUUUUUGUGCUAAAAUAUUGCUCUGACACUGUAAAAGUAUCAGACUUCCUGUGAGUAUUAGUAAGGUUUUAUCUACUACGAUUUGCUGGUGCAGUUUUGGUGCUGUAAUCCAUUUUUUUAUUUCAAUUUAGGCGUUUUUUGUUAGUUCCCUGGUUGCAUGUUAAUUGCAAUUAAGACAGUUUUAGUUAACAUUUUUUUGUUGCAUGUUAAUUGAAACUUAGAAAUUUUAAGCCAGUAUAUUUUGUUGCAUCGGUUAAUGAUUAGGCCUUUUUUUUUGUGAGUUUUUUUAAUUGCUUGUUGAUUGACAUUUAGGUGUUUCUAGAAUUGUUAAUGUGCUAUGAUAUAAAGUAUUUGAGGCUCAGCCUACUCGUGUACGAAGAAAAAAGAUAGGUUUCGUUAAUUUUACUAGGAGCAAACCGAAACAUAGGUAUUUUGUUUUAUAUAUACGAGUCAAUUUCUUCUUGCACCACUUUUUCAUUUGAUACCGUUUUGAACCUGCAUUUUUUACUUGGAAAAAAGUAGCGGACAAACUAAAAUAACUCCUAUUUAAUGCGUCGUCUUAUCUCGUAUAGGGAGUCUUGGCCGCAUUUAUCACGAGUCAAUUUCUUCUUGCACCACUUUUUCAUUUGAUACCGUUUUGAACCUGCAUUUUUUACUUGUAAAAAAGUAGUGGACAAACUAAAAUAACUCCUAUUUAAUGCGUCGUCUUAUCUCAUAUAGGGAGUCUUAGCCGCAUUUAUCACGAUGAGCUAAUGUGGUAUGUCAGGUGAAAAAGCUGCAAUGCUGUUACAUUUAGUAAUUUCCCAUGAACUAAAGUUAACCGUGGGCUGUAGAUGCCAAUUUUUUUGAAGGAAGCUUAUGCAUAAGCUGAAUUCAGCAAGUCUCAAUAGUUGCCAGAGAAGGGUGGGACUCACUGUAGGCAAUGUGCUCCAUACCCUUGUCAAGAGAGUUUCAGCAUGUACCAAAUUUAGCUUCUUUAGGUUGUAGGACUACUCAGAAAAAAUCAAUUUUUAACCCAAAAUAUCACUUGUUUUUAUUAUUCUUUCUUAUGUGCUGGCAUUGGUACUUACUUCACCAGUCGUGUGCUUGAACAAUGAAACGAUAAAGUCAUAGCUACAAUACUCAUCAAAGUUUACCAACGAGUUAUUAUCUUGAUCACAAACCAUGUAAUUUGUGAUACACUGGCACUUUCUUUCAUUUCAAAAAUCUGUUUGAGAUUAUAUAAAAUCUAAAUCAGAUCGAGUAAAUGGUAUUAAAAAGGUAUAAUGACACAAUAUGGCAGGUAACACAAGUCAAAAUGUAAAGAGAUGUAUAAUGACGCCGUUUUUUGUCCGUAUUCACUUUUCUCAUUUCAUUUCUCUUCCAGAGAUUACUUCAAAUUGCAGAACCAUAUUUUCCUCCAUUGUGGUUCAUAUCUGUUGUAUGCUUUUUGUCCCCAACUAAAUCUUCCAUUCACAUUUCUCCAAAAAAGGCUAUUACUGCUGUUUCCUUUGCUUCAUUGUUCACACGACUUCAGUCUUCUCCAAUGGCCGUUGUGGCAAGGAAUCUAGACCAGAUAUAAAGGCUGACAGUGGUUACAGCUCCUAGGGUUUGUGGUUUCACCAGAAAAAAAGAGAGCAAAAAAGACUGGGAAAUAAUCGAAGUAAGGUUCUUGUAAAUGAAAAGGUUGAAUUAGUUGUUGGGUUUACUUAGCUUUGCUUUUGUUGAUUUCUUAUACCGCAUAUAUAAUUAUGCAUAUGCAUGUAAAAGAUGCUUCCGAGUUUUUAAAUUUUAGGUUGUUUUGAUUGCGAGAAAUUUAAUUUCUUGCUCUGGGUUUUGCUAUUUUUCCUUCUUCAUGGAUUGAUUGAUAUGUUGUGACGUUUAUUUUCAAUUUUUUUAUUCUAGACUUUACCUCUAUUAUAUUGUUUCUUGGUCACCCCUGAAAUUGACCUGAUCUUGAGAAUUGAUAGAGAUCACUGGGUUGACCAUUUAUGAGGAAAGCAUCCGAAACAUUUGGGUCCCCUCCAUUGUCAAGAAACUCUGUUCUGACUGUUUGUAUGUCACUCUUCCACCAUUCCCUGUAUUUCACCACCAGCUUUAAACAUCCAAUUUUCUGUGUCAAUUUAUACAUUUUUUUUUUUUUUAAAAAUUUUUGCAAUAAAAAAUAUUUUACUUUGAAAGUACUUAAUAUGAUGGGCACUUCUGCAUUCGGCUUAGGAAAAGAAUAAUUAUUUUCUUCUUCUGAAAAUAACUCCUAUUUAAUGCAUUGUCUCAUGUCUCAUAUGGGAUGUCUUAGCCGCAUUUAUCAUAAUGGAUCAAUGAGGUGUAACUAACAAUGAUAUGCGCCUCUAGAUUUAAUAUGAGAAUUCCGUGGACAUAAGACUCAGCAAGGUUUACCAUGGUGUUAUCAUUUUGGUCAGAGAUCAUGUGAUUUUGUGGCGACGGGUAAUCUGUGGCACUUUCUAUCAUUUUCUUAUCUGUUUGAGAUUGUAUAAAUCUGAAUCUGAUUGUUGUUGGAGAAGAUGAUAUUAAAAAUUAUAUAACGGCUUGGCAGAUUGAGUAAAAGGUCAUAUAUAUAUAUAUAUAUAUAUAUAUGCGCUAUGCAUGGAUGGUUUGAGUUGUCAUGGAUUCAUGAAGACAUCAUCACUUUGUUAACCUAUUGUACAACAGUAUAUUUGCUCUAAAUCACCACAAUUUCCUCCAAUUACCACAUCUCUAUCUGUUUUUGUCUCUGUUCUCUUAUUGUAUACAGGGUUCUGCAUUGCUCCAUUCUCAGCUUAUUUUAUUACCAAGAAAGAAUCCAUCAACGCUCCUCGAGGGCCAAAGAUCUAAACGAGCUUUGGUUGUGAGCUAGCAGUAAUUUCUGAAAAUGAAUCAAGUUAUUCAAGGUGACGACUCUGGUGCUCCUUCAGUCCUGCCAGCGAAGCGGGGACGUGGCCGCCCUCGUAAAGAUCCGAACCUGAAGCAUGUUAAAACUGCACGUGGACCUCCUGGUUUUGAAGGAGGGAAAGGAUACCACCGUCCCCAUAAAGUGGAUAGAGUAGAUGGAAAUGACAAUAUGGUGGGCCAGGCAGUGACUGGUGUUAUUGAGGCUUCCUUUGAUGCUGGCUAUAUGCUCAAUGUUAGAAUUGGCAACUCCUAUACUACUUUGAGAGGUGUUGUUUUCAAGCCAGGACACUAUGUUCCUGUCACAGCUGAAAAUGACAUAGCCCCACAUGUUCAAAUGAUCAGAAGAAACAACAUAAAUUUCUCAGCUCAAAACCGAACUUGGUCGCGUGGCCAGAAACUUGCUAUUCGAACAGCUGGAGCAUUAGGCGCAAAAUGCAAAUAUACAUCUCAAAAGAUAGUAUCUUCUGUUCCUCCAGUGGGCGUGAGGGGCACUGUGGUUCCUGUUGUAUUGCAACCUGUCAAUCCAUCAAGUGGACUGAGAACUUGUAGCCAAAUGUCUUCUGAUGCAUCCCGUGCUGCUUCUAUGUUGUUUUUGGAAGACAGAGAUGUGGAGUCGGUUGAACCAUUAGCUAUGUUACCACCUGUUCAAUCUAAACCUGCUGGCCAGAUUCCUACUGCCAUACGACCCCAAUUUGGGCAUCAAGCUGCACAAGAAAGCAUGCGGAAUGAAAAUACUUCAUUGCAGGAAGGCACGCCUGAGGUUGAAAAAAGAGAAGGCAUGGAAUCAAUGGAUUUACAGAUGGCGGGCUCUUCAAGAUCGUUAGAGGUUCACAACAAAAACGGUGAGGAUGCAUGGGAACCUUCACCUGAAGAUUACGGUGUUAAUGACUACUCAACUGUGCCAGCACAAACUGCAUCUGUCCCGUCACCUCUGUACAACUAUGGAACUGGAAGGAUGACUGAACUUUUGCAGGCUUUGCAGGAAAAUAUGAAGGAGAUUCCCGUUCACGUACCUGAACAACCAUCUUCUGCUUCGGAAGUUGAAUGAAGCUAAGAGUACUGAAACUGAUCCGAAAGAAUGAGCCUAGAAACGUCUCCCAAGUAUGCCUGUGAUCUCCUUUCUGCUGUAAUUCAACAAUUUCUAGUGCGCUACUAAAGAUUUCAGAAGGAUUUAGUUUAUGACUUGGAGGCUCGAAAAGCUGUGACAGGAGAAGUUUCAGUCGUCUUUUUCUUUUUCCUUUUUUUUUUUUUUUUCCUUCAGUCACAAGAAUUUCUAAAAUGGUCCUUAGUCACAUAGGAGUUGACUUGGAUGAAUCUCUCCUUUUUAAAUCUCGUCUGCUACAAUC